UUUCCUCCUCCUCAGCUGAAUGUGACCCUGGAGAAGGAGGUGGCAGGUUUCUGGGUGACGGUCCCGUGUGUGGAGGACCUGGGCAGCUGUCACUAUCAGGACGUGUGUGACCUCCUGGAUCAGCUGAUCCCUCCUGGUCAGGACUGUCCCGAGCCGCUGCACACCUACGGCCUGCCCUGCCACUGUCCCUUCAAGGCCGGUUCGUACUCUCUGCCUCAGUCGGACUUCUACCUGCCCUACGUGGAGCUGCCGUCCUGGCUGACUAACGGGAACUACCGUGUGCAGGGCGUCCUCGGCAGUCAGGACAAAGAGCUCGGCUGUCUCAAGGUGGCUCUGUCCCUCCACUCCGACUGAGACUGAGACUGAGACAACAACGCCGCCGCCGCCGCCACCGCUGCAGAUCUGCACAUUAAAAAAAAAAAAAAAAAGAUGUAAAAUUGCGGAAUGAGAGCAGAAGUUUGACACAGAGUGAAGGUGAAAAACUCCUCCGUUUAUUUUUUACGUUAAAACUUUUGACAUCUCUGAUCCUCCUCAGAGACAAAAUGUCUUCAUUCUGACAACCACAAACUAAACCAACAGAGUCCACACACAAGCGCACGCGCACGCACACA